GUGAUGCGGGAACAGGAAAAAACACGAUAUUUAAAUUUGGUAAGAAUAUAUCGCCUAACAAGGUAAAAUGGAAACUAAGAGAUAAAGGCUACUGUGAUUGGCUGGGAAAAGUGCGAGCAAUAAUUAUAGAUGAAUGUUCGAUGGUUAAUGAUGACCUUCUCGAUUCUAUCGUCUACCUAUUUACAAGAAGUGGGAUAACUGAACUGGGUAAAGUGUAUUUCAUAAUCACUGGUGACUUUUUCCAACUUCCACCAGCAUUGGGUGGAUUAACAGAAAUCUUUAGACAGAACGAUCCCGAAUUUAAACAUCAUUGCACCAACUUGCGAUAUGGAUUUUUAAACGAGGAUACGUUUCAGUAUCUAAAAAAAUAUAAUUAUUUAGAGAAUGAUGCA